AUGGGCUUCCCAACAUUCUGCUACAACCAGCUCCUCGUCACCCCGACAAUCCCAACAGCCUCAUUCGACGGCCAAACAGCCAUAAUCACCGGCUCAAAUACAGGCCUGGGUCUCGAAACAGCUCGGCACAUUGCCCGCCUCGGUGGAAGCAAAGUCAUUCUCGCCGUGCGCAACAUUGCCGCCGGGGAAGUCGCCGCGAAGGACAUCGAGCGAACCACAGGCUGUGCUCCCGGAACAUGCGAAGUAUGGCAUUUGGAUCUCGCGAGUGCGCGAUCAGUGCUGGAGUUUGCGGAGCGCGCAAAGGGGCUUGAGAGGAUAGACACCCUCGUCCUGAAUGCCGCUGUUGCGACGAAGAUAUUCCGGCUUGCGGAGGGAGGGUAUGAGCGGUCCGUUACCGUGAACACGAUAAACCACUUCAUCCUCGCGCUUCUUCUUCUUCCUCAACUGCGAAAGACGGGACUUGACUAUCCGGAUCGCGCAGCACCGCCGCACAUCACGGUCCUAACGAGCCAGGUUCACGCCUGGCCGGAGUUCCCGCAGUCCAAGGAUCCUCGGGGUAUAUUCGUCGCCCUAAGUGACAAAGCUGCAGCGAGGAUGGACGAACGGUAUCCCAUUACCAAGUUGCUCAAUGUAUAUUUCACCACGGAGCUCGUCGAGCAAACCCGCAACGAUAACGGCGAGGUACCCGUGAUAAUCAACAUGCUCGACACAGGAUUCUGCCACUCGGAACUCUCGCGCGAGAACAAGGGUAUCGAGGAAUUCGGCUUCAACAUCUUCAAAGCAAUAUUCGCGCGGCGCGAAGAGGUCGGCGCGCGCACGACGGUCAUAUCUGCAAGUGCUGGAGUUGAGACGCACGGGAAGUACAUGGUCAAUGGCCUUAUUGCGGACGAGGCGCUGUCGGAGAGGGUCUACAAUGAGGAGGGAAGAAGGAUUCAGAAGCAGCUGUGGGAGGAAUUCACGAACAUAGCGGAAGAGGUCAAACCUGGAAUCAUGAAGGAGUUUAGAUCAUGA